AUGCAAAAACCCUUUGAGGGCAUUACUUUCUGUCCCACGGCUUUGCCCGAGGAAUUGUCGAGAUCUGUAUCUAGGAAAAUCAUCAAAUUAGGUGGUACAUUCUCCAAAGAUCUUACCAAAUUCGUGAAUGUUCUGGUUGUUGGAAGCGUUGCAACAAACAAAUAUCGUUUUGCCGUUCAACAUCGCGAUGACCUUGUUAUGGUGGAUUCAGAUGCGUUAGAUGCCAUUUAUGAAUUGUGGCUUUCUGGUGAAGACGUGACAAUGGAAUCUCAUUCUCAUUUUGCUGUGAUAAGCGGGUCAAAAGAUCGAAUGCUGGAAGUUCUCUCUGAAAGAUAUCGGCUUAAGCCUCUCAAGAAUUUUUGUGUGUUUAUUGGUCGUAUUACAGAUGAUUGUGGCGGCCGAGUGGACGUGGCACAGCUCGAGAAGGCGUGUAAUAGAUGCGGUGUACAGAGCUGUAAUUCGCGACAUUUCGUCAAAGAACCGCAUUGGGACAAACCUACUGUUUUCGUGACUGAUUAUCCGCAUGGUGCCCGUGUAGAGGCUGCUCGGGAUCAAGGUUUGCCGAUAAUACAUCCCAAGUGGAUUUUGGACUGCGAGAGGCGAGGUGCGUUGUUGGAGUUCAGUUUCUAUCAGAUCGACGACGUACUUGGCGAAGCGUGGGAGUCGAUUGGUGCAGGAGCAUGUUUUUGCUGGUCAGACGUCGAGCAACGUAUUGACAAAAAUGCGGUGUCGGGAAAUGGGGAUGGUAAACCACAAAAUUUGAGUCAACGUUCCAUCUUAGGUAAGUACGGGUCGCAUGGUGUCAAACUGUGGAACAACGUUUUGCACAGAGAGCCCAAAGCAUCAGAAUCAUUGGAAACACCUGAACCCGCUGCCAAAUCUGUCGCUGAAGAGGAUAUGAUUUUUCAAGACAUGAACUUUUGUAUCGCAUAUUUUACCGAAAGGCAUAGUCUCAUAUUGAGCAAAAUCAUUACUCGAAAUGGUGGCGGAUGCACAGACAAAACAGAUUCAACGAGUUCAACUGGAUCCACGUACCUUUUGGUCCCAAGUAAUAGACCAAAGGAAGCACUAGGUGACACGACAGCAUUUGGUCAAGUCGUCACUGAAUUUUACAUCGAAAGAUGUUUGCAUUAUAAGACUGCUCUACCAGUUGACAGUUGGUCCGAGCCUUUUUUCACAAGAUUCCAGUUAAAUUUUCCUCACCGUUUAGUCAGAGCUGGCUCAGAACAGACGAAUUUAAAUGUAGCCAUCACUGGUUUCCAAGGAGUAGAACUCCUACACAUAUCCAAAAUUUUGGAAUACCUUUCGGGUAUGGGGAUAACAUUUUGUGAAAACUUGAAUAGACAAACUGACACCUUACUGAUUAAUCUAGGGUCCUUGUCAAGCAUUCCUGAGACCCAUACUUUGAGACAUAACAAAUAUGCGUCCCUCUUCGUCGAGAGUCAAAAAGUCAAGGUGAAUCAAGUGUUUCGAAAUUCCAUGAAAAGGAAAAUCGAGUUCAUCAAGCAGAAGCAUAACAUCCCAGUAAUGACUCCCGGGUUUCUCUUGGAACUUUUCGCUAGAGCGUCAAAACUCAAAGAAGCUUCAGUUUUAAAUUCUGUCACAAACAUUUAUAUGAAUGACAUAAACUGGAGCGUCCUUUGUCCAAAGGGAAAUAAAGAUGAUUACAAGUGCGAAAUACGUGCUACAAGUAGCAUGGAAACGAGUUCACUCGAGAAACCCGCCAAGAGAAAAAUUCCCGAUUUCCAUGCUGAACAACAGCUCUCAAAUCAUAAAAUUCCACGACUUCAACCUGAAGGAAACAUUGAACCUGUAAAGAGGUCAGUCAGCUGGGGGAAAAUGAUGUCAGAACAAGUCUGCAAAGUAAAUGAACUGCAAAAUUCAGCGUCGGAAUCGGAAACUGAACCUGAAGAUAACUUGCAUACGCAAGUGACAUACGGCAUACAAAAAGACGGGAACAAUGGUAAAUCAUCGCCCGUGGCUUCUUCAAAAAGAUUAACAAGGCAAGUAAUUAGACAAAUAGGUGUAUAA